GUCCGAGUGGUCUUCGACUCCGAGUCGAGGGCACAGGCCCGGCGUCGGAGUGGCGGACGACACGGGUGCGACAGGUCGCACGGAAUGCAAUUCUACACGACGUCGCCUAGUGUGCGCCGUAAAGACAUGUAGCCGUGUUGGGAUUAGCCCUGGCUAAUCGGCCUGUAAUAGCCCGCGUGCUCGCGUGGAGAAGGACAUAUAAGGUGUUAUGGCUCUUGCACGACACCGCGACACUUGACUGCUCCCGGCUGCCCGACUGUCUUCCCGCAGCUUGCGGACAGUUGAUCACGUUCCUCUGCGACGAGCCUCCUCCAGCCUGCCGACAAAUGCUACAGCCGUCCUGAGUCCGCCUCCCCGGCCCCGCUCCCCAGCCAGUGCUCCCGCCCGCGACAUGUUCAUGGGGACACCGCUCUCCCAGAGCAUCACCGCAUCCCCUCCAUGGCACUCGGCGUCCGCCCCCUCCCUCUACAUGGCCCCAUCGCCCACCAGCCCACUGACGACCAUCUCGGACGCUCAGGUCCUCCCCUUCCCCGCGCCCACACUCGCGGUUCCUGCAGCGCCUGUCGUCAUCAAUCUGCACGCGGACGUGACUGUUUCGCGCUUCGACCAUUUCUACGAUGCUCUGCCCUCGUCGUUUCGGCCGACAUACUAUGCCACUGUAGAUGGGUCGCUGCUCUCCCAGAGCUAUGUGGAUGAGAUGACGACAUCCAAAUCCCCGGUGUUUAUUGCGGGCGCACUGUGCGUCUUCUUUCUACGCAAUGCUCGCAAGUCGCUGUUAUUUCUCCGGAGGACGAGGGUGAAGGACAAGACCCUGUUCUACCUGCUCGCGUUGAGUCAGAUCCUCGGGCUUGUAGCAGGGGUCGUGAUUACUGUGGGGUUGUUGGACAUGUCGGUCGGGUGUCAUACAAUUACUGCUGUCAAGAAAACGCUCAUGAAAUUAUCUUCCGAUGCUAUGAUCACGGGUAUUAUCGGUGUGAAGGCGUACCGCUGCCUGGGCAACAAUCGCUUUGUGCUACUGUUUCUAUUCUUUGUGACGGCUACCGUGUGGACUCUGGAAGGAUUGGAGCUUGCCAACAAUAGUGCAUAUCGAUCACAAUAUGGCGUUUGCUUGGACACUGGCCAUUCACCCUACCUGUCGGCCGUCAUAUUGACUGAAUUCAUCGAGACUGCCGUGCUUUGCGCGUGUUUCUUUUUCGCUGUCGCGAGGUCCUACCGUACACGAGCCGAAGCUCGGGUUACUGUCUCCACUGCGGACGAGGGGAAGCUAUACGAGCGGAACGACGCGACCGACGCGGCGGAGGGUACACCGCCCAGGAGAGGGUGGUGGGAUUAUGUACCAGACGCUCAUCUCGGCUCUUCUAACGGCGGUCGACCGUAUAUGCGCGCCAUGACGCAUGCGUUCAUGGAGUGGACCCGUCGGAUGUGGUCUGACGAUGACUUUCCUGCCGGGUUUGCCUAUCAGCGGAAGCCAUCUCUACCAGGAGAGUUCCCUCUUCCACAACCACCCCGCAGACCCACGUCUGGUCAGUCGACUUCCUGGAAGACUCUCCGACGCUUCACGCAUAUAUCCUCUUUUCCCGGGGUCUUCACACUGCGAAGAUGGAGUGGCCAUUUGUUUGGCCGUCAACUGUUCCAAAAAAUGCUGAGGAAUGAGCUGCUAUACACGACCGUGAUCACUGCUGUGUUUAUGGCGCUGACCAUCGCGCUCCUCGUCGGCGUCCACAGCAACGCAUCAUUGAGUGCAGAAUCAUGGAUCGUACUGAAUUGGGUUGCCAUCUCAAUGUGCACGAUGCACAGUUUUUCAAGAGUAGCUCGCCGCCAUGAGUUGGAAUCUAUCCUGCAGCACCCAGCUGCCUGGGAUCGCAUGCUUCGCACGGACGUGGACUACUCGAAAGUCUUCUAUGGGUCUGAUCCGCGUCAAACAACGUCAUCUGAUGACAGCAGUACCUCGCCGUCGCACCCACGUAUCCGUACCAACAGAUCUCACGCUAGCUUUCUCCCGAACUACGACCCUUCGCACGACGCCCCCUGUUCCUCUUACAACAUCUCACCAAUCACGCCGUCAUCUUCAAGGAAACCUUCAGCCGUAUCACCGCUCCCGUCAUUACCCUUCCAGCAAUCACCAUCGCCUUAUGAUACACCUCCUAGAUCGCUUACGCCAGACACGCUUGCGCCUCUGCCGUACCCUCCCUCUUCUCCUACUGCCAGUUUCUCCCGCUUUUCGUUCACCGUGACCAAGGACUCGCAUGCGGAGGUACAACGUCCGCCUGCAGAUCUAGGAGCAUCAAGACCUCCUUUUGGCUCACGCAGGUUUUCACUCGACGCAUGGACAGACCAGCGGACUAAUAUCGAUCUCACGUAUCCGAAUACUAGUAAUAGGCCCUCGAGGAGCAGUAGCUAGCGUUGAUAUUCCUACUUAUUCGCAUGUUCAUCAUCACUGUAUCAUAACAGCAUCACAGCCUUGUAUGUAUGCAUGCCCACUCUACCAGUAAAAAUACCAAUAUAUUGUGUCGUCGGA